AUGCACAUCGGUCAUUCGACAAACAACAAAAUGGCCGCCCGUGCGAAGAAGAGGUUGGCAGUGAUUUCUGACCACCUUAGCUCUUCUAGAUUACAUUCUGUACUUCCAGAAAUAUCAUUUACAGAUGCAAAAGAGCUCGAUACCGAACGUUUAGUUCUACAAAAUGAUCUUCUGACCGAGGAACAAGUCGAUUUCUAUAACACAAAUGGCUACCUUGUCGUGCGGAAUCUUGUACCUCAAGAGCUGUUAAACAAGUAUUACGAUCGUUUUAGGCAAAUAUGUAAUGGUGUUGUCAAAGUACCCGCUAUAACAGUGAUGAGGGAUGUCAGCUACGCGAAAGCUAACCGUUCACGUGGCGAGAGAACCGUAAAUAAACUUCAAAAUUUCGAACAGGAUGAGGUCCUUUUCAGCUACUGUGAGCUGCCUCAGAUUUUAAAGUACGUGGCGUGUUUUACUGGUCCAGACAUCAAAUCUGUGCACAGCAUGCUAAUAAACAAACCGCCUGAUCCUGGUACUCUGACAUCUCGUCAUCCUUUGCAUCAGGAUUUGCAUUAUUUUCCUUUCCGUCCAGCCAAUCGGAUGGUGUGUUCUUGGACAGCAAUGGAGAAAGUGGACAAGAAAAAUGGUUGCUUGGUAGUCAUUCCAGGCACCCACUACACUCCACUCCUGCCACACCAGUAUCCAAAAUGGGAG